UUGAAAUACUGAAUUUCUAAAAAAACAAAUUUUAAUAAAUUUAAUUAAUUUAUUUGUAAAAUAGAAUAUCAAUUAAAAAAAAAUUAAUCAUGACAGCGGUUAAUAAUGAAAAAAAGGAAACAGUGGGCCUUAAAAGGGAAUUAGGCUUGUUCAGUGCAGUGAGUUUAAUUGUUGCUGUAAUGAUAGGUUCGGGUAUUUUCGUAUCACCGACAAGUGCCCUUGAACGAUCAGGAUCCAUAGGCUUUUGUCUAAUAAUUUGGAUGGUGUGCGGUUUCCUGUCACUUCUCGGUGCUCUAGCUUUCGCCGAAUUGAGUGCAGUGGUUCCACGUUCCGGCGCCGAAUACGCAUACUUCAUCGAUGCCUUUGGGCCGCUACACGCUUAUUUUGGACAAUUGCCAUCAUUCAUUUGCUCCUGGGUGUACGUGACAAUUCUACGUCCAGCAGAAGUGGCCGUUGUUAUUCUCACAUUCGCCGACUACGCCAUUCAGCCCUUCAUCACCCUGAUGCCCGACAUUUCUCCCGAGUCGAUGCAAAUGCUAAAAAAAUUAAUUGCAAUUAUGGGUCUCGCAAUAGUGACAUACGUAAAUUUAAGUAGCGUGAAACUUUACGUGAAGAUUCAGAAUACCUGCACUAUUCUCAAAGUAGCGGCGUGCCUUUUAAUAAUCGCCGGCGGUAUUUAUUGGUUGGCGAAAGGAAACACUGAAUUAUUAAACAAUCCAUUUAGGGGAACAACAUCGUCGCCGGGAAAUAUUGCCCUGGCGUUCUACAGUGGUCUUUGGGCGUACGAUGGCUGGACAUCGGCAACAAUAGUCACCGAGGAAGUGAAGAAACCUGAAAUUAAUAUUCUUAGGAGUAUUUUAAUUGCCGUGCCUGCGAUUACAUUACUCUAUGUGACGAUGAAUUUGAUGUACAUGUCGGUGUUGCCGAUAUCGGAAAUGAUUUCAUCGAAUGCCGUUGCAGUUUCCUGGGCUAAUAAAGUACUGCCUCCUUGGCUUGCGAUUGCUAUUCCCCUGGGUGUUGCUUUCUCCACUUUUGGAUGUUGCUUGAGCCUUCAAUUUGGCGUUUCACGAUUGUGUUAUGUCGCCGGACGCGAGGGACAUGUUCCGAGAUUUUUCAGUUUUGUGCAUUACAGUAAAAUGACACCGGCCGCUGCUGUUGCUCUUCAGGGCAUUCUGGCAUUCUUUUGCAUUCUAGUGGGAAAUAUCAUAGAAUUAAUCGAAUUCGCGAGUUUCCUCACCUGGGUCUUUUAUGGUUUGGCAAUGAUCGCACUUAUUAUCAUGAGGAAAACAAAACCUGACGCUCAAAGACCUUACGCUGUGCCAAUUGCCAUUCCCUGGCUUGUUCUAUUUAUUGCAAUAUUUUUAGUCAUUGCUCCAAUUAUCAAAGAGCCAUCGCCUAAAUAUUUUUUCGCUGUUAUCUUCAUUCUCAUCGGCGUUGGAAUCUACCAUUUCUUCGUAUUCAAGAAAGUCAAAAAUAACUUUUCAGAAAAACUCACCUAUCUGGUGCAAAUCUUGUGCUUAGUGGUCCCGUCUGAGGAGGAAAGUGACACGCAGAAUAAAAAAAAAGAGAUUCUACCUAGCCCGGAAAAAUCAAAUCUGCCAAACAGUGAAAUAAAAAAUUAAAAUAAUUAAAAAAUUUUAAUCGAAUAGGAAAAACAUUAUUGUGAAGUGAUGACUUUUACUCCAGUUAUGAUGAUUAAGGUUUUUUUACAAAACCUUGAAAUGUACAUAUUUUUUUUACGAAUUAUUUCGCAAUAUUAAAAUCCAAAAAACUUGGAACAAAAAAAACACAAAGAAGAAUUAAAAACACUUCUCGGCA